AGUGUUCAAGGCACCGAGGCGGCCGUCAGCUGGUGUGUGGCUGUGUGGCGGAGAGGAGAGGCACUGUAACGCUGCAACGCCAUUGGAAAGCAAAGUGUGUCAAUAAGCAGGAGAGAGGAUCAAGAGGAGGACGACCUUCGAAGCAAUACAGGUCAAAAGAAGAAGAAGAAGAGGGCUGCCGUGUGUUUACGAUUGCGUCACCAGCCUUUUCUGCCCUGCCCCAGACACCCUCAAGCUGGAGGAACAGCGGGAGGCGGCGGUGCACGGCCCAAGCAUGGCAAGUAGUGUGAUACUCGCUGGCUUGGGACUGGCGACAUUCGGUUUUGGUGCUCGGUUUGUUAUGCGCACGAUUCCAACACUUGGCAAGAAAAUGGCAGACACUGUAUACAACGCGCCCAAGCUGGACAGUAAGGUUUGGGCAAACAGUAAAUAUUACAAAGGUGGAUUUGACCCCAAGAUGACGAAACGUGAAGCAUCAUUAAUACUCAACGUGUCUCCCAAUGCCAAUCAACAGAAAGUUCGGGCUGCUUAUAAGAGGAUGAUGCUGACAAACCACCCUGACCGAGGCGGCUCCCCGUACAUCAGUUCUAAGCUCAGCGAAGCCAAGGACAUCCUGGACAAGUAGCGCGCCAACACCUGUUAGUGCAUUGGCUUUGUAAUUGGUGUAAAUUCAAACUUCUCAUACUCUGUAGUCUGAGGAAAUGUGUCACGUAUUGGCUCAAGAUGCCUUUGGUUUGUAAAUAAGUCCUGUAAAUUUACUUCACCUGUAUGUAUGUAUCUACUAAAUGAUUUAUUGGUGUAGAUGUUGUUUUAGACUAGUUUUGGUCUCAGACAUUUCAAAUCUUCUCUGCAAUUUGUAGAUAAUAAAAUCAUUAUAUUUUUAGGAAAACUUUGUUCUUUUAUUAACUUACACAGUAAAUAUGUGGCAAGUUUUACCCAUAUUGCCUUUCUGAAGAGUUCAUGUUAAAUUGCCCAAGUUUUCUUUCUGAACUGUUCAUUUGUUUUUGCCUUUGCAUAUUUUAAAAUACAUGCUUUUAUGUUUAUUAAUUAAUAAUCAUUUAAAAUCUUUUAUAUUAUUAAAUAAAGUUUAAAAAUAAUGAAAGUGUGAGAAGACAUGAACAAAGAGGAUACCAGAGCUGACUUAACGUAGAUUGUAAGUGAAAACAAUUUGCUCUUAUUUUAUAACUGGCUGCCUCUCCUUUGAUAGAUUGUUGGGCAUCACAUGACAUGAGUGAUAAUGUGAUCAAUGAUAACUAUUUACAUUUAUGUACAACA